AUGGCUUCUACAGUCAAUGCUAUCAAAAUUCGCCGAAAGAAGAAUGUGAAGAAGGGAAUUCAGUUUUGUUUGAUGGUAUGCGGUGCCAGUGGAACAGGUCGCACCACUUUUGUCAAUACGCUUUGCGGAAAGCAAGUCCUGCAAGGCAAAGAUGCAGACGAUCCAACAAACGCCCAUUUGGAAGAAGGAGUGCGCAUUAAGCCCGUCACAGUUGAACUUGAAUUAGACGAGGAAGGGACUCGCAUUUCGUUGACAAUUGUUGACACUCCCGGGUUUGGUGAUCAAAUUGAUAAUGAGGAAAGUUUCUCUGAAAUUGUCGGCUAUCUAGAACGGCAAUACGACGACAUUUUAGCAGAAGAAUCCAGAAUUAAACGUAACCCUCGAUUCCGCGAUAACCGUGUUCACGCUCUCCUUUACUUUAUCACACCUACCGGCCAUGGCUUGCGAGAGCUCGACAUUGAAUUGAUGAAACGCCUCUCUCCUCGUGUUAACGUCAUUCCUGUCAUUGGCAAGGCUGAUUCGCUCACCCCUGCUGAACUGGCAGAGUCGAAAAAGCUGAUCAUGGAGGACAUUGAGCACUAUCGUAUCCCCAUCUACAACUUCCCGUACGAUGUUGAAGAGGAUGAUGAGGAUACAGUUGAAGAGAAUGCCGAACUUCGAGGACUGAUGCCGUUUGCCAUUGUUGGAUCUGAGGAUGUUCUUGAAAUUAACGGUCGUAAGGUCCGUGCUAGACAGUAUCCAUGGGGUGUAGUUGAAGUUGAGAAUCAACGACACUCGGACUUUUUGGCCAUCCGAAGUGCGCUUUUGCACAGUCAUUUAGCAGACCUUAAAGAGAUCACCCACGAUUUUCUUUAUGAAAACUAUCGUACUGAGAAGCUUAGCAAGAGUGUUGAGGGUGGAGCUGCAGCUAACCAAGAUUCGUCUAUGAACCCCGAGGACUUGGCAUCCCAAUCCGUAAGAUUGAAGGAAGAGCAACUCCGUCGCGAAGAGGAGAAACUCCGCGAGAUCGAAUUGAAAGUACAGCGCGAAAUCAACGAGAAGCGUCAAGAGCUUUUGGCCCGCGAGAGUCAACUGCGGGAGAUCGAAGCCCGUAUGCGCGAGCAGAACCGACAAAUGGAGCAGAAUCCCCAAGAUGGACCCAACGGAGAAGCUGGUCCUUAG